AUCAGCUUCUGCACGCAAACUUGCCAUCUCCCAUAUCGUUGCUGUUUUCAUACAAAUUGCAGCUCAUUCUUUUGAAGAUCCUUCCCAAGGACAAUGGAGAACCCGAAAAGUCAUACGGCGGAAAAUGAAGAAAGAAUUCUUCCAGAGGUCGAGGAACGGCCAAUUGUCAUGAUCGACAAUUACGAUAGUUUUGUGUGGAACGUCGUUCAAUACCUCUCUAAUCUUGAGAAACGAUACCCUAUUAUUGUGUUCAGAAACGAUGAGAUCACUGUCGACGAACUUGAAAAGCUGAAUCCUCGUAAGCUUGUUCUCUCGCCUGGUCCGGGUCAUCCUACUCGUGAUAGCGGUAUUUGUAACGAGGCAAUCGCCAGAUUUGCAGGCAAAAUUCCUAUUUUUGGAGUAUGUAUGGGUCUCCAAUGUAUUUUCCAUAGUAUGGGCGGCAAGGUCGAGUCUGCCGGUGAGAUUAUCCACGGUAAGACCUCCAAAAUUUAUCAUGACGGUCUUGGUCUCUACGACGGCAUUCCUCAGGGGAUUAAUGUUAUUCGUUACCACUCGCUCGCUGGUAACGUCUCCACGCUUCCCGACAGCUUGAUUAUUACGAGUUGGACGGACAACGGUAUCAUUAUGGGUGCACGUCACAAGGAGUAUUGUAUUGAGGGCGUUCAAUACCAUCCUGAAAGUAUCCUUAGUGAGUACGGUAAAGAGUGCAUGAAGAACUUCCUUAACUUGGAAGGCGGCACCUGGGCUGAAAAUGGAAUUCAUAUGCCUCAGGAUAACUCGGCCUACGAGAACCGUGACAAGGAACAUCCUGUAGAAAAGAAAGAGUCCAUUCUCGAAAAAAUCCAUAAGAAGAGACUGGUGGAUGUGGCCGAGAGCAAGAAGAUUCCCGGUAAAAGUGUCGCUGAUUUGAAGCGCUAUUUGGAGCUUGGAUGUGCUCCCCCCAGCAUUGACUUCGUUGCUCGUUUACGUCAGAGAAAGCCGGCUCUUAUGGCUGAGGUUAAACGUGCCUCUCCAUCCAAGGGCGACAUCAAUCUCGAUGCAAAUGCUGCUGCUCAAGCCUUGGCUUAUGCCUCGGCCGGUGCUUCUGUGAUCUCAGUGCUUACGGAGCCUCAUUGGUUCAAGGGCUCCUUGUCCGACAUGGAGCUUGCUCGCAAGUCUGUUUCCCACCUUUCUAACCGCCCUGCAAUCUUGCGCAAGGAUUUCAUCUUCGAUCCUUAUCAAAUCAUGGAGGCUCGUCUUCACGGUGCCGACACUGUCCUUCUCAUCGUUGCUAUGCUUAGUCAGGGUCAGCUGGAAAGUCUGUACUCUUAUUCCAAAUCUCUUGGAAUGGAACCCCUGGUUGAGGUAAACUGCCGUGAAGAAAUGGAGAUUGCCUUGAAGUUGGGAGCUAAGGCGAUCGGUGUUAACAACCGCAACUUGCAUACCUUCCAGGUUGACUUGAACAACACAUCAAGUAUGGCUUCCAUGGUUCCUGAGGACGUUGUUUUGUGCGCUCUGAGUGGCAUCUCGUCUGCUAAAGAUGUAGAGAAGUACGUUGAGCAGGGUGUCUCUGCCGUUCUUGUUGGAGAGUCACUUAUGAGAGCCAGCGAUGUGAACUCCUUUGCCAAGGAGUUGGUUGGUUUGCCUAAUCUCCCUAAUCCCACUUUGUCCGCUCCAUUGGUCAAGGUUUGUGGAACCCGCUCCGUCAAGGCUGCAAAGUGCAGUGUUGAAGCUGGCGCCGAUUUUAUUGGCGUUAUCUUUGCUAAGGGAAGCAAGCGCGAAAUUAAACUCUCCAUUGCCAAACAAAUUUCUCAAUAUCUCAAGGGUGCAGCAGCAACUGCCAAGCCCAAGUAUGAUACUGCGGGUCGGCAACUCGGAUACUUCCAGGACCAACUCUCUCAGUACACACAGACCAAGCGCCCCCUCCUUGUUGGUGUUUUCCGCAACCAAAGUUUGGAGUAUAUUCGUCAAAUUGACGCUGAAGUUGAUUUGGAUAUUAUCCAACUUCAUGGUAACGAACCUGCCGAAUGGGCAACGAUGUUGAAGAAGCCCGUUUUCCGUGCAUUUUCGCCUGAAAACAAGACUGACAUUGGUACACCCCGUCUGCAUUCCCUGCCUCUAAUUGACGCCUUUGUUGGCGGCCAAUCUGGUGGAUUGGGUACUACUGUGGAUUGGGAAGCAGCUGCUAAGCUGAAUGUUCCUUUCAUUCUUGCUGGCGGUCUCAAUCCCGAAAAUGUGAAGGAAGCCAUUCAAAAGACAAACGCCGCUGUAGUCGAUGUCUCGAGCGGUGUUGAGACGAAUGGUGAACAGGACCUUGCUAAAAUCAAGGCUUUCGUUAAGAACGCCAAGGGUCUUUAAACCGUUCCGCUUCAGGUUGCACACAAGCUACUUUAGAAACAUAUACAGCCCCCAUUUUUGUUUACCUUUUUCAUCAGUGUUUUUUUUUUCUGAAUCGCGAUACACAAAAUUAUUUCCAACGAAUACGAUAUCUUUUUGACUUUUUUUUUUACAUUGAAAGUGAAUCGUCACCAAAGCUUCACUUGGUGAUGCACCUGUACCGUAGACCAUAAUGAGAUUCCUUUCUCUCCCGUGUAUCCCUUCUUCGGCGCCGUCGUCCCACUGUAUAUGAGUUAGCUUUGUUAUAAAUAUAUAUGUCAUAUAUAUGCUAAAGAGAUGA